ACGUGCUCAUGCGGAUAGCGAUGAUUCGAGAUAGCUACUAAUUCUGUGCUUACCAGUGAGUCAUUAAGAUUUUUAAGUUCAGAUUGUUAUGUUUUAUCAGUUUUUAUGGUGACGGAACAUGACGCGUUUUUUUAUUAAUUAAGAUAUCACGAACAGCAUUUCCCAAACUACGAUGGGCAAGUGGACGCCGCACGCUUCCGUUUAUGAAAGAGAAAACUGAAAAAGCGAUCGAAAUGAUGCUUUCACCGUUUAAAUACGUACCAGGCGCAAAUUUGUUUCAGUUUUAGGACAGAAAGUUUAAAGGCUGAACAGCUAAAGCUCAUUCGCCUUACUUUACCAUUAACAAAACAAGGCGAGAUCACUCACUUCGCUGAUGCUUUUUGUUCAAUCCGAUGACCAGAAAUCCAACUCUCAGAGAAGGCCGUAAGAUCAGCCCUAGUAGAAUGGGGCAUGCUUUGAUCUUCGACUGAAUGAAUGAAAACCCAGCCCAAUGGGUGGGCCUGACCCACGGUGCGGCCCAAUCAAAUCUAUUUUGGGGAACUGACGGCAGGUCACCAACUCACCAUAUAAUCAAGCAACUUGCUGUCAGAAACUGACUGAUAGCAGAAAAAUGUAUUUCUUUUAUAGUUACUAUUUACGGUUAAUAUGAAAGCGGUAAUAGUUAAAUAUCAUCAUAAAAUGUCAUUUAGAUUUUUUCCAUGAAAGAAGUUUUUGUUCCACUUCCUGGCUUCCAACCAACUUACCAAGAUCAGACCAUGGAGAAUGCGGAACAUCUAAGCCGAGCAACACAGGGAAACCUCACCGGCGCCGGUAUACCGGAAUGCGAUCGUGCCGAAAUUGUUUUCACCUGGAUAAUAGGAUCUUCCAUCGCGUUUUGCUAUGUUGCAAGCUUGUACAUUCAUCCGCUGGGUGCGAAACUGAUUGCCUUCCCAAGUCGUAACCGCGAUGAUCCCGCGGAGAUCAGGUCGCGAUUUCAGCGAGUAUUCUGCGCAUCUGUGAUUUCAUGCUGCCUCUCGGCAGUCUUUCAUUAUUUUUCUGGAGUAUGCUCGGAUAAAUCUUUUGUGGUUUGCUUCGCGAAUCGGAUAGGAUUGCGAUUUAACGGGGUAUUGUUCGCGAGUGUUUUGCCGGUGAUUUUGACACUGAUUCUUUUUGCUGGUCCAAUCGUGGGUGAUUUUUUUGCUGGACGUUGGAGGGGAUACAAUCGAGCUUUCCUAACUCUAAUUUAUCGAAAUCUGUAUUACCGGCGGCGCGUACUUCGCGACACUAUUUACUCCCACAUCUGGUGGCGAGCUUAUGUCGUGGCUCCGUUGUCCGAAGAAUUUGUAUAUCGCGCAUGCUUGAUUCCCGUAUUGAUUGUGUGCUAUGGGCCACGUGCUGCCAUCCUGAUAAGUCCGUUAUCCUUCGGCGUCGCUCAUUUGCAUCACAUCUUCGACCGGAUACGACUGGGGACCCCGGCGCUGCGUGCUGUCAUUGCUACGUUGUUUCAGAUCGCCUAUACUUCCCUUUUCGGCCUGUACUCUGCGUACCUCUUCGUCCGCACUGGCCAUAUCGCCGCACCGAUCCUUACGCAUGCCCUGUGCAAUGUGCUCGGCGUGCCUGAAAUAGAGACAUUCGGAACAGUGCCUCUGGGCGCGAAGAUUGUCAUGGUUGUAGCUUAUUUGGGAGGAUUCGGAAUAUGGUUGUAUCUCCUGCAGCCUUUGACAGAUCCUGGUCUGUAUGGAAAUGUGCAGUGGUAGAAAAAUGAAAUGGGACUUGCAGUUAUCCUCAGAAGCUACAGCAAAGAGACAAGUGUUAUUUUUGUCAGCGAUUGGCAGUCUGGAAUCCAAAUAUACAUUUAGAUUUUAAGGUGCCGAUUUUAUGGAAUCCAUCUGAACUAGUGAUCCUCUAAUAUGUAAACCUAUUUCUUUAGGUGAUUUGCGACAUAUCUUCUGCCUUUCUUACAGCUUCUUUAUUUUGUGGUUGCUCUGUGCAAGAGAACUCAGCUUGCAUCAUUUAUGCUUAAAAGUGCCAUAGAGAUUAAUUUUGUACAGAUAUGUUAGUAGAGAUUUCGCUUUUGUUAUGCAAACAUAAAACAACAGUCAGUAAAACAUUUCGUCAUAAAAAAUGUGAUAAUAAACAUUUCGUCGACCACAGCGUGAGGUACUGAGCAUUGUAUACUGUACAACGAGAUGUUUCUAAUGGUGAUCCUUCCGG